GGCCAGGCAACGUGCGAACGAGAAAAGGGUCUGUUCUACGAGAGACCACUUCACAUAAAUGUCGGAAUUACAAUCGGCCCUACUUCUAAGAAAACAGCUAGCAGAGCUGAACAAAAAUCCUGUUGAAGGAUUCUCUGCUGGGCUCAUUGAGGACAGUGACAUAUAUCGAUGGGAAGUGUUGCUCAUUGGACCACCAGAUACUCUCUAUGAGGGAGGUUUCUUUAAAGCCCACAUCUACUUCCCAAAAGAAUAUCCACUCAGGCCACCAAAAAUGAAGUUCAUCACAGAGAUUUGGCAUCCGAACAUUGAGAAGAAUGGUGAUGUUUGCAUAUCUAUCCUUCAUGAACCUGGAGAUGACAAAUGGGGUUAUGAAAAGGCUUGUGAACGGUGGUUACCCAUCCACACUGUGGAAACUAUCAUGAUCUCGGUCAUCUCCAUGCUGGCAGAUCCCAACGACCAGAGCCCAGCUAAUGUGGACGCAGCGAAAGAAUGGCGAGAAAAUUUCCCGGAAUUUAAGAGGAAGGUGGCAAGAUGCGUUCGCAGAAGUCAGGAGGAGAUGUUAUAAGAAAUGAGUAAAAGGUGAAAUGUAAUAGGCAAUGCAUGUCAUUCAAAGUUCAGUUGCAUUACGUUCGCCCGUCAGGAUGUUUCCUGCGUGACUGAAUUUUGGGAAGAAUUCUCUCUCCAAAUCGCUCAUUUGUCUUAUUUUUCUCUCCAAUUCUAUAUUGCUCUGAAUUCUAUACAAAACAAAAAAUUAAUAAAAGAAACGUUUCGGUACUCCCAAACAAGACGAAAUAUUGAAAAGCGCGUGAAAUUUAGGCCUUGCAUGAAGAAAAUCGUCUAGGAAAGUUUCUGGUGAAAAUUUAGUUGCCCCAUUUGCAAGCAGAGAAAAUUUAACCAACUUAUUUAAAUGCAAGAGUUACAAUUUCAUGCAAGUUAUGCCACCACAACUUGUAAUUUCACCUCGUGAUAAUCUUGUCAUUUUAUAUAUUUUUUUAAAAGCAAAUUUUCUCACUUCUUUCCUCAACUUUGAGGUAGAACAUCUUCCUCCCGUCACCCUCCACUUGAUCCCAUACGGGGUGAUUGUGUACGUUCAUUGUGCACGUCUGAUAAGCGAUUUGACACGAAUAAAUGUCGAUUCAGGCCUUGUAA